AGCAAGGCAGGAGAGAAGGAAAGAGAAGCUAAAACUUUAACUAGAAACAGAUGAGACCUCAUUUCAUUCACCAUUAUUGAUAUAAAAAUCUGCCAAUAAGAAAGAAGAUCGCUUUGGUUGAAGCUUAACUCAAACAAACCUCAGACUUCGGUUUGAUGCAUUGGGGUCUUCACAUUUUUCCUCAAACUCCUCCCGUUCCUAACUUUACUAGCUUUAAGCUAACUCUUUUAACUCUUAAACCCAAUCCUUCAUUUAUUUAUUCUGCUUCAUUUACUGAGAGAAAGGAAGAGUUUUAGCUCUCUCUUUUUAGCUUUUUGAUUCUUAAGAGAAUAUGGUGAUCAUGAUUGUUUAAGUUUUGGCUCUUGGUUUAUAUGUAGUUUUGAUUGAGAUCAUAAACUGAGAAUUUUGUAAAGAGAAAAAAGAUGUGGGAUCUUAAUGACUGUCCAUAUAAGGCAAGAGACGAUGAAUACGAGGGGUGCUCAACGCAGAGAACUUCCAAAUAUGGAGAUGCAGGUAACUGUAAACGGUUCGGAUCCAUGUCGAAUUCAUGCUCGUCAGCGGUGGUGAUCGAGGAUGGAUCAGAAGAAGAAGAAGAUAGGGAGGGAGUUAAAACAGCUUUAAAGAAGAAAGGUAGCAAGAUUUUUGGGUUCUCAGUGCCUUAUGAUGAAGAAGAAUCUAUGCAGAGUAGUGACCCGACUCCGGUAACCCGGCAGUUGUUCCCUCUCGAUGAAGACCCGGAAAUGGGGACCGGAGCUGGACCUGGGUUCCCUCGGGCUCACUGGGUCGGUAUAAAAUUCCGUCAAUCAGAGCCCUAUCUUUGUGGCGGAAAAUCCGUUGAAUCGUCAGGUCCGAUGAAGAAAAGCCGGCGAGGACCAAGGUCUAGAAGCUCUCAAUAUAGAGGUGUUACUUAUUAUAGAAGAACCGGCCGAUGGGAGUCUCAUAUUUGGGAUUGUGGAAAACAAGUUUACUUAGGUGGAUUCGAUGCACCACAUGCAGCUGCACGAGCAUAUGAUAGAGCAGCUAUAAAGUUCCGGGGAGUAGAAGCAGACAUAAAUUUCAGUGUAGAAGAUUACGAGGAAGACUUGAAACAGAUGAGAAAUCUAACGAAGGAAGAAUUUGUGCAUGUACUUCGCCGACAAAGCACUGGCUUUCCUAGAGGAAGCUCCAAAUACAGAGGAGUUACCUUGCACAAGUGUGGAAGAUGGGAAGCUCGACUCGGCCAAUUUCUAGGCAAAAAAUACGUUUAUUUAGGCUUGUUUGACACCGAGAUUGAAGCAGCAAGGGCUUACGACAAGGCUGCAAUUAAGUGCAAUGGCAAAGACGCUGUCACCAACUUUGAUCCCAGCAUUUACGGCAAUGAGCUUAACAAUGGUGGAGAAACUUCAGGCAAUGCUGGUGGAGGUCACAAUCUUGAUUUGAGCUUGGGGAAUUCAGUUUCAAAGCAAAACAAUCCAGAAUCUGGUCCACCUCAAACUGAUUGGCGAUAUCAGGGAUUUAAGCCUGAGGAAAUUCAGCAGCAAGAACAAGCUUGUAGAGGUGAUGAUCCUCAUCGAAGAUCGGAUAAACAUAUACAAUCUCCACUCUCCGUUAAGUCCAAUGAAAUGCAAAGAUAUGGGCAAUUGAGAAGACCUGGUCCUGGGGAGAAUCAUAUGUCUCACAUUCUUCCUCCCCGAAUUGUCAAUCCAUCAAUUUAUCAGAUUCAUAUAGCAAGCAACAGCGGCAAUGGAGUCCAAAUUGGGAGUGAUGUAUCACUAUCAACGAGUGCUCAACAGGGUCCUCACCAAUUGAUUGCAAAUGCAGGAGCAGCAUCAUCAGGAUUCCCAACGCAAACAUGGCAGCAGAGAAAUGGGUUCCACUCAUUCAUCACACCCUCCCGACUUUUCUAAAAAAACCUAAUAGAUGUUCAUUUAUUAAAAUCUGUUUGUUUUCUAAGCAUGUAAAGAUCAAUGCUUUAUGAUAGUUACUCUUUCCUAUUUUUUUUCAUAUACAUACACAAAAAGAAAGCAUUGAGACAAAGUAACAUGUAGACGAACAUGUUGUAUUGCAUUUACUCAAAAAAAGAAAAUGUUGUAUUACACAGAUUCUAAGGAAAAUAAUAAUAGAUUAUGGUAACAGGGUUCUGAUA